AGCAGCUAGCGAUGGCGGACGUUGUGCACCUUCGGAUGGAGCGGAUGCUCCCGGGGCUUGAAGAUCUUGAAAACCGUGGGUUGUUCUCUAGGGAAGAGAUCAAGCAGAUCAUCAAGAAGAGACAGGAUUUCGAGUACCUUCUUAAGAGGAGGUCGCGUGUAAAGGAGGAUUUCCUUCGAUACCUAGCGUACGAGACACAGCUUGAAUCGUUGAGAGCUCUCCGCAAGCGGGCCAUCUUGCGUAAUAUGAAGGCAAAGAAAAUUCAGUGGAAGCGUUCGUGUGCGGAUGGCGCCAUAGUCAAUCAACUGGUGCUCAUUUAUGACAGAGCCGUCACCAAGUUCAAGGGGGACCUGCGGCUUUGGAUGAUGUAUUUGGAGUUUUGCAGAGAGCAGAACUUAAGAAGACAACUGCGGAAGGUGUUGGCCAGAGCUCUGCAGUAUCAUCCAACGGUCCCCGGGCUAUGGAUGUACGCCGCCUCAUACGAAUUCACCAUGCAGAAGAACAUGUUGAGCGCGCGCGCGCAGAUGCAGAGGGGUUUGAGAAUGUGUCCCAAGUCGGAGUCCAUGUGGAUCGAGUAUUUCAAGAUGGAACUUACCUAUUUGGCCAAGCUGCAGGCUAGAAGAGAGGUCCUGGGGAUCGGGCCAUUGCCAAAAAUAGCAAGAAUAACGACGACGGACAAAGACGGAGCUCGUGGGUAUGGAGGAGACGGCGGGGAAGAUGUCGUGAUGGGGGAUCAAGAAGACGACGAGGACGAAGGAGGAGGAGGAGGCGGAAGAAGAGAAGAAAGUGAAAAAGGAGGAGGAAUGAAUGGAGGGGGAAAAAAGCCUACGGCUAUAGCAUCUGGUGUUGGCAAUCGAGUCGGAGAAAACGAUGGUGAUGAUGACGAUGAGGAGGAGAAGGAGGAGGAGGAGGAGGAGGAGGAGGAGGAGGAGGGGGGGGAUGAGGGUGCAAAGAAUGCAAAAGGUAGAGUAGUAUCAGGACACCAACAAGGGGGACCUUCAGGACGAGUGGGGGGAAAGGACAAGGACGACGAGGGGGAGGGACAAACAGGAAAGCAGGAGGAGGAGGGGAGCGACAUAAGCACAAGACUGGCCAAGAUCAUCUAUGGCAAUGCCAUAGCUGCUAUCCCCGAUAGCUUGAACUUUCGACGAAAGUUCCUGGAAGUUGUCGCGUUGAUGCCAUUUGAUGGCAAGGAGGAAGUCGAGGAGGAUAUCUAUGCCAGCUUGGCGAAAGAUUUUCGGAAGAAGGAAGAGUCCUGGGAUUGCCGAGCACGACGAUGGGUAUCUCGUCAAGGGAUGGGAUCCCGAGUCGCGAUCGAGAAGGCCAUUCAGCGCUAUGCGUGUUUCCUGGAGGCGGCUUUUAACUGUACUGUCGAAGCGGUGGGCAGAAGUCAGACAUCUCUAAGGGAGGCUGAGGACAUGGCUACUCUUCUCCUUAGCCUCUGCGAAAGAGCGGAAGCUGCUGGCGCAAGCUCCCAUUUGAUGUUCACACGGCAUGUUCGUGUUCUCUUGAAUUCCGGUAGAGAUGCCGAUGCUCUGGCAGUGGCCGCUCGCGCCUGUGAGGACGAGUCUCUGAACAAGUCAGGGAAUGUAUGGGUUGUUCGACUCGAUUUAGAAAUGCUCCACCAUAACAGUCUGGCGAUGAAGAAUACUGACACAGACGAGGAUGUUGCUGCUGCUGCUGCUCUUGCUGAUGACGACGACAACCAUGGCUGGGAAGGUGUCGAGCACUAUAGGCAAAGGAUGGAAGCAUUGCUUGAGCAAGCUCUAUCUGUUGUGCCAUUGAGUGAGGCCAAGCCGUUGUGGGGAAAGGCAAUCUGUUUCUUCAGAGAAUCUAAGGCUUCCUGGGACAGACUGAUGAAGAUGGCAGAGAAGGCGUUGGCGUUGGGAUGUGGCACAUCCGGUCGUAGUGGUCCAGAGGUGGCAAUCAUGUUGAUCGAUUCGUCAAUGGAUAUUGGGGGCGUCCAGGAUGCUCGCAAGACCUACAACAGGUUGCUGGCGCUUCCAGGUGCCGGUCUGGCACUCUUUCGGCACUGUAUCGAUAUGGAGACGUACGGAGAUUGGGCUGGUGAAGUGAAUGCCGCGUCACACAUUGAUAGACUAUUUGACAUGGCUUCUUCUCUUUAUGGCGAGCACGAUGCUGAUAUCUGGCUGGAUUACUGCAAGCACAAGAUGAAGGUGGGAGACGCCGCUGGAGCAGCUCGUGUGCACUGGAAAGCAAAGAAGAUGUUGAAGGAUCCCAGAGAGUUCCUCGAAGGUUACCACCGUCUCCAGUGUUGAGAAGGCGGCGGUUUGCUGCUUCUACAGGUCGUUGACGUUUCCUGCUUCAAGCAUUUGACUUUGUCUCGUUCUGGCGCCCCCAUUAUGCUCAUUCCGAAUCGUCUCAGUUGUCCUGCACACACGGAAUUGGAUUGACUGCUGUCUUGGGUGCACAAAGAGCGUGUUAUAUUUUUUUGGUCGUCAGGAACUUUAGGUCCGAACUGGGGUCUGAAGUUUGAUGGUUCGUACUUUGAAUCUCCGAUCCUUGCAUGGCAGCUGGUGGUGGCUGGCUGGUCAGGCCUGCCAGGUCAUUUUGCAGGCUUGGGAAAUUCCAAAUUUGCCAGGUUUUCAGCCCCUCAGUGUAGACAACAGAGAGCAAUUUCUUCUCUCAUCGGUUCAUAUUUAUUUUCCUGCAGGGCGGCGUUUGCUGAGUUGUCCCUCCGAUUUUCCUGCGGGGCGGCGGUUUCAGAGUUGUCCCUCCGAUUUUCCUGCAGGGCGGCGGUCGCAGAGUUGUGCCUCUGGUUGGAUUGUUUUUGUGCUUCGCUGGCGGGAACAGAUGACACAGAGUUGGGAGAAGAGUUCUCCACUUAGACAACAGUUUCGCUUGGGUGAGUGUAUUUGUAAGUCAACAACGGCUCUCGUUCUUCCUCUUGAAACGUUGCGUUUGCUUCUUUUGACAGGCAAUUGUUGCUGAGAAUCAUCUGUCGCAGGUUUUUGUCGUUCAUGUAAAAAAUGGCUCAUUACUCAUCUGACUGUUCAUUUGGCAUUCAUGUGCUACAAAGCAUCCGCUC